UUACUGGGACUGCUGUAGAUCAAUACUAUUCUCCACUCUACCUGCUACUACCCUUGUUUUUUCCAUGCAGCUCUUACGUUGUUUACUAUAUUUACGUAUUAUCUUGUCUGUUGAACACAUUUGUACGUUGUGAUAUAUCUUGUUUGUGACAAUUCGUUAUAAAUUUAUAAGUUGUUUUGUUAACGUGUUUUUAACAACAUUAAAACAAUAGAUUGUUGAUGAGUGUCGUGAAGUGUACUUAAUACAUUAUUUUUGUAUUUCAUUAUCUAAGAAAGUUUUGUUUAAAAAAAAAAAAUGCACAGUUUUGGUUUACAAUCAGCUUUGGCAAUUCGCCGUCAACGUAAACGACGGGCUGAAAUUAAACGGCACAUGGAAAGACGACGCCUAAGCUCUCAAUCAAUAGAGAGUGGCAUUCAUGGUUCUAAAUCUACAGUUACAAGUCCAACAGAAUAUAAUGGUUCAGUUAAUAGCCUGUCACAUGUGCGAAGAAAAAGAAAAAGACCACCUAAAAUGCUUGACACUAAAGUUGCUUCUAGCAUUGGUAUGUUUCAUGUUGGCGUAGUCUUUCUCGUUUUGGGACUCUUCCUAAUUGUAUCUGGUAUUAUACCUGAUGACUAUGUUUCUUGGGGUUCAAAACACUGGGUUAAUGAAAUUGUAAUAACUGGAAUCAGUUCAACUAUUAUUGGCAUAUUUUUGCUUGUGUUGAAUCAUUUUAUUAAUCGUAAAGCAGAAUCGGAUUUAGCGGCUUAUGUAGAACGCCAACUAACUAGAACAAGAUCUGGUAGAAGACUUGUACCAGAUGCGGAAACUGGUGCUAUGCAUACAAAACAACAGUAUAGAGCAAGACAACAGGGUGAAAAUGAACAACAAAAUUCUCCAGGUUCUGAUCUUGAUAAGAUAGCUGAAGAAGAAGCAUCUGGUUCGGAAUACAGACCUAUUGAUCAAUAUAUCCAUCCUGAAAUAGAAAGACAGGAUUCUGGUAGGAUGCAUAAUGCUUAUAACAGGGAAUUAUUGGUAACACGGUGUUAUGAUACCACAGAAACCUAGUAAGUUGUAGCAAAUUAAUUUAAUAAAUACAAUUACAAGUAAGUUUUACAUUGUACUUAAAAAUAUAAUAUAAAAUAUUUCAAAG